AUGCAGUGCAAAUUCAUAGCUAAAGGCGAGCCUUGCCCGUAUGGAGCCGCCUGCAAAUACGAGCACGAUAUUCCCACCUUUUUGAAAAACCGCGGUGAAGACAUCGGCCCCGUAUGUCCAUUUUGGGUACUUCUCGGUUUCUCCUAUUCACCACAGAACGCACAUGGGUACUGUCCCAUGGGAUUGAAUUGCCGAUGGGCGAUGUCGCACACUUCUGCCUCCUUCGAGCCCAUCGAGAAGCCCCAAGCCGAGCAAACGCCGUACGUCGAGCUGAACACGUUUCGCUCGAUCCCCCUGCAAAUCCGAAAGAAAACCUACGUAUUCCAGUUCGAUUCGUGGAAACAAAAUGCCAAAAAUACCCCCGAAAUCGACGCUUCCGGCAUCGACAUCCGUGAAACUCCCUCUUCCCGCUCAUUCGCAGCCAUCGGCCCGAUCCUUCCUCCCGACCGCGCGCCCCUCGAUUUCCGCGGGAAAAUCUACAUCGCUCCGCUGACAACCGUGGGGAAUCUUCCGUUUCGUCGGAUCUGCGUGGAGCUGGGUGCGGACAUCACGUGCUCGGAGAUGGCGAUGUGCGGGAAUCUGCUUCAUUCCUGCGCGUCGGAGUGGGCGUUACUGCGUCGACACCCGAGCGAGCAGUGCUUCGGCGUGCAAAUAACCACGGGGAAGGUGGAGGACGCAGGGUACGUCUGCGAGCUGCUGCGGCGCGAAGGGACGGUCGACUUCGUGGAUCUGAACGCGGGGUGUCCGAUCGACGCGGUCGAAAAGGCCGGUGCGGGCGCAGGGCUGCUGACGAAGGUGGGAAGGCUGAAAAGAAUCGUGCGGUGCAUGCUGGGGAGCCUGGAAAACGUGCCGCUGAUGGUGAAAGUGCGGACCGGCGACCACGAGAACACCAGCCAUCGCUUGGUGCCGCAGCUGCAGAGGAUUCGGGGAAACCGGGGAAACCGGGUGAGCGGGGUGAUCAUUCAUGGGCGGACGAAGCAAGGGCGGUAUACGAAGAGCGCGGAUUGGGAGUAUAUUAAGGCGUGUGCGAAGAGUCAGGAUGCGGAUUUACCGCGGUUACAGGUGAUCGGGAACGGGGAUGUGUUUGACAACGAAGAUUACUGGAAUCGCAUGGAAGACGGCGUUUUGGACGGGAUUAUGAUCGGGCGCGGCGCGCUGAUCAAACCGUGGAUCUGCACCGAAAUCAAGGAGCGAAGGCAUUGGGAUAUUUCCGCGGGGGAGCGUCUGGAGAUCGUGAAGCGGUUCUGCGAUUAUGGGUUGGAGCAUUGGGGCAGCGACGCGCAGGGCGUGGAUCGCACGCGGCGAUUUCUGCUGGAGUGGCUGUCGUUUCUGUGCAGAUAUGUACCGAUCGGACUGCUGGAGCAUCCGCAGACGAUGCAGCAGCGACCGGUGGCGUAUGUGGGGCGGAGCGAGCUGGAGACGCUGCUGGGGAGCAGAAGAGCGGAGGACUGGAUCAAGAUCUCGGAGAUGUUUUUGGGUCCGGUGGCGGAGGGAUUUACGUUCAUUCCGAAGCAUCGGAGCUCUGCGUGGGUGGAGUCGGAGCCGAAAUAAGGUGAAUGGAAAGGAAGUGGAAGAUGG